GGAGCUCGGCGAACCAACUCGCACGGCACUGCCUGCGGUACGCGGGCGUGGUGUGGGGGAUAUUUUCCCAGGUCCCCAGCGACUUCUCUGGCUCCCCUCCUGCUGGCUUUUUCCAGGACUGCGCGGACGUCGCUUUCUUCCUCCGGCCGCCGGAGGAGGCGCUGGAGAGCAUGGUGGCCUGCAGCCUCGCGGCCUGCGGGGGCGACGCGGCCGAACCGGACUUCGGCGGUGCGGCCCGAGGCCGCUUGCGCGGCCCGUGGUGGUGGUCUGGCUGUCGUCGCCUCGCUGUGCGUGCUGGUGUCCAACACGGGGGCAGUGCCAGGCGGCGGCGGCCCCCUCGUGUCCGCGCUCGCGCGCAUGGACCCGGGCGGCCACGCGGCCGUUGCAGCACGGUGGGAACGCUGGCGCGGCCCGUUCGUCCCGGAGGCGCUGGCGCAGUGGGCUGCGCUCAUCGCGGCCGCGGCGCCGCCUCAGGAGGUCCGCCCGCCCGCCGAGCCUCCGGCGGCCGACGCCGACGAGCCACAGGGUCGGCCGGGAACCCUGCUGUCGUUGGCGAGGGAGGCGCCUCCAGGCUUCCUGUGCGGGAUAGACGGGCGCUUGAUGAUGGACCCCGUGCAGACGCCCUACGGCAGCGUGGUGGAGAGGUCGAGCCUCGUCCAGGCCUUCGCUGGCGCCAGUUCGGGCAGCUGCCCCCUGACUGGGGCGCCGCUUUCGUUGGCGGACUGCCGGCGGAUGCCAGAGCUGCGGAGGCGCAUCGCCAAGUGGGCGCGAGAGCGCCGAGCGCCAAGGAGAGUGAGCGUCGGCCCCGAGCCCUAGGCAGCGUCCCCAGCCCCAUCGGGCACUGUGCGGCAGCGUGGGCGAAAAAGCUGGGAAGACUGGGCAUCGG